GCCUUGCGCGGGGGCGGAGGCGGCAGGGAUGCGAUGGCUGAAUCUCUGCCCUGGAGGUGUGGAAACUGAGGCUCAGAGAGUUCAAGUACCUUGCCUGAGGUCACACAGCUAGGAAUCUGUGGAGCUGGGAUUUGAAUGAGUCUAAGUUAGCCUGGCCUAAAGCCUGUGCUUUACACCUAUAUCUGAGAGCAAGGGACAGAAGAGCAUGAAGAGUACACAGUAUUAUCAGGAUCAUCAGAUGCUCACAUAUAUUCUGAGCUUCCUGCCUCUGUCAGAUCAGAAAGAGGCCUCCCUCGUGAGUCGGGCUUGGUGCUGUGCAGCCCAGAAUGCCCUUCGGGAGCAACCAGGCCUUACCUUCCUGGACCUCAGCGGCUGCUCAGAACUGGCUGACGGGGCACUCUUGGCUGUGAGCCGGGGCCUGCGGCGCCUGUGGCCCCUGUGGCACCUGAGCCUGAGGAAGCUGCAGCGGCUGACGGAUGCAAGAUACUCAGCCCUAAGGGGCCUGCGGGAGCUGCAGAGCCUCGACAUGGCCGAGUGCUGCCUGGUGAGAGGGCGGGAAUCGGCCCAGGCCCUGGGCUUGGUGUGCGGAGCUCCACACCCACUGGCCUCCCUCAGCCUGGCCUACUGCUCCUCACUCAAGGACGCCUCAGUGCUCUCCCUGAUGCCAGCGCUGGGCCCAAGCCUCAGGGUGCUAGACUUAUCCUCCUGCGUGGCCCUCACCAACCGGACCGUGCAGGCCAUCUGCACCUACCUCACCCACCUGUCAGUCCCGCACCUGGCCUGGUGCAAGGAGCUCCGUGACCGGGGGCUUCUGGGCUUGGGGCAACCAAGUGAGGAGACUCUGCAGGGGCCGCAGGUGUGGGACCCUCGAGGUCAUGGCGGGCGGGGCGGUCCCUGGGCUCAGCUGCCCUCCUGCCCCUCCUGCGCCUGUCUCUGGGAGCAACUGAAGGCCAAACUCAGGAGGAAUCUGGGAAGCAGGGGUUUCCUCUCACAGCCACCCCGAGAGCUGGGCAUCGGGCCUCCAGCCGCAAAAGGACCCUUCUCCCUGGCCAUAGGGCCCGCCCUACUCACGCUGCAGGCCCUACGGGACUUGGACCUCACAGCCUGCAGCAAGCUGACUGAUGCCAGUUUGACCAAGGUGCUCCAGGUCCCCCAGCUGAGGCGGCUGUCACUGAGCCUGUUGCCAGCACUCACAGACAAGGGCUUGCUGGCUGCGGCCAGAGGCUGCCCCAGCGUGGAGCGCUUGGUGCUGAGUCACUGCAGCCGCCUCAGCGACGAGGGCUGGGUCCAGGCAGCCGGCUCCCGGCCAAGGCUGCAGCACCUCAACCUGUCCAGGUGCAGUCAGCGCUCGGAGCAAACGCUGGGUUCCACUGGGCAGGCGUGCAAGCAGCUCCGGAUGGCAGAUGUGGCCAUGUGUCCUGGCAUUAGCAUGGCUUCUGUCAGGCGCUUCCAAGCCCAACUGCCUGAGGUGACCUGCGUCCAGUCCCGCUUCGUGGGAGAGGCUGACCUGACCCUAACACUCCGAGGCCAGGUCAGUAACCAGCCCUGUGGCUCAGCCUCUGUCACCUCCAGAGGCCUGGCCUCUUGACCUGGAGUUUGACUCAGUGCCUCCCACCUCCCUCUGCUACAUGCCCCAGAGCCCCUUCCCCAAGCUAAAAACCCCUUUUCUAGGACUAAGGGUGGGACUGUAUCAGGGCAGCCCAAGGGGCUUCCUGCCCCAGUCUGCCCCACAGCCCAGCAGGAACCUUUUCCAGCUACAUGUCGCUGCCACAGGCCCCUGGAAAUGCCAGCUCCUGCUCUCCUGUCCAGGCCUGGGUCCAGAGGCCAGGCCCACAGGUGGGCUGGGUCUGGUGUUGGGAGGAACAGACCCUGUGCCUCUGGCCCUGCCCCUUCUCACACUAGGGCCUGUACUGUUCCCCACAGCUCUCCCAGCCCCCUACCAGCACUGAGCUUUAGCAGCCAAGCCACAGUCUUUGUUGUAUACCCAACAAGAUUAAAAA